GAGAGAGAGGCCGAGAAAGAGUGAGCAAGAGAGAGAGGACACCGAUCUCCGUUCGCAGCAGCCGCGCGCGCUCGAGCCUACGAGAGGAGACGAACUAAUCUCCGCGUCGAGUCGAAUCGCAAAUCGGACACGAGACCGCGUUAUAUCGGAGCGUGCGAGGGCGAGGAACACCGGAGGAGCGGCCGGAACGGGCGGAAGUGUGGGCCGUGCGUGUGCGUGCGUGCGAGCUAGCAAGCCAGCGAACGAGCGAACGAACGUGCGUAGGGCAAGGGGGUAGUAGGCAGACGGACGGUAAGCGGGCAGGGGCCCGUGUGCGGUCGAGGCUCCGAGCGGGGGCCAGUUACUCGCGAUGAGCGCCAAGACGGACGUGAACAGGCGGGUGCUGGCGAUCCAGGCGAAGAAGAAACGGCACAAGCCCAGUAAGCGCAAAGGCAAGGCGAACUCUCAGGGCGAGCAGGACGCGCAGUCGUCCAAGGGGCCGCGCGGUCAGGUGGCGGCCGCCGCCGCUGGAUACUCCGACGGCGCCACGGCGCAGCGCUCUUAUCCCAGCGACAACGGGAACAGAUUGGAACAAUGUCACAGUUCCAGCAACGAGACGAUAGAGGAUGACGACGAGGUGUUCAGUAGCGAGGAUGAAGAGCAGGAGGACAGCAGUGACUAUUGUAAAGGCGGGUACCAUCCCGUGAAAAUAGGAGAUCUCUUUUUAAAUCGGUACCAUGUCACUCGUAAGCUCGGCUGGGGCCACUUCUCCACUGUAUGGCUCUGCUGGGAUCUGCAGGAUAAACGCUUUGUGGCGCUUAAAGUCGUGAAAUCCGCAUCCCAUUUCACUGAGACUGCAUUGGAUGAAAUUAAAUUAUUAAAAGAUGUGCGCGACACGGAUCCCCCUGAUCCAAAGCGCAAUAAGACCGUCCAGUUGCUCAAUGACUUCAAGAUCAGCGGCAUUAAUGGUCUGCAUGUUUGCAUGGUAUUUGAAGUGCUCGGACAUAAUCUUCUUAAAUUGAUUAUCAAGUCUAACUACAGAGGAAUUCCAAGAAAUAACGUUAGACGCAUCAUCAGACAGGUCCUCGAAGGCCUCGACUAUCUUCAUAAUAAAUGUAAAAUUAUUCAUACAGACAUUAAACCUGAAAAUGUUCUCGUGUGCGUCGACGAAACUUACAUUCGAAAAUUAGCUUGCGAAGCGACGGAACUGCAUUCAAUGGGAGCGAAGCUGCCGGUGUCCCUGAUAUCGACCGCGCCGAAGGAGUUUCAGGAGCCGACUCCGAAUUCGAAGAUGUCCAAGAACAAGAAGAAGAAGCUGAAGAAGAAGGCCAAACGUCAGAACGAGCUCCUGAGGAAGCAGAUGGAGCAGAUCGAGGAGUUAGAGGAACAAAAUAAGCUCGCGAACAGCACGAGAGAGAACGGGGAGGUCGAGACGAAUAGCCUGGACCAGGACCUCAACACAGAGAGCAUAGAGGACAAUACGGAGAGCAAAGGUUCGCCCGACAUCUCGGAGCCGUCCGCACCCUCUUUACACAUGAACGGGGUGGACGGUUUGGCAGGCGGUGAGAAAAUACAGAACCCGUCGCCCGAGCAAUCCGAGAAGAUGGAGAACGUGACUCUCUGCGACGUGGAGAAGAGCUGCGGUGAGGGCGUGCUGCCGCCCGAUCCGGAGGAUACCGACGAAUGUAGCGAAGGUCGUAAUUUAAAUCCGCCGGAGAGUAAGCAACUGAAACGGGCGUCUGUGGCGCCUCUGGAUCCGGCUAUAGUGGAGUGCGAGGUCGACGUGAAGAUAGCGGAUCUCGGCAACGCGUGCUGGGUCCAUAAAAAGUUUACAGACGACAUUCAGACUCGUCAGUACAGGUCGUUGGAGGUCCUACUGGGAUCUGGAUAUGACACUUCCGCGGAUAUAUGGUCCACCGCUUGCAUGGCGUUCGAAUUGGCGACCGGAGAUUAUCUUUUUGAACCUCACAGUGGCAAGGAUUACUGCAGAGAUGAAGAUCACUUGGCUCAUAUUAUCGAGUUGUUGGGAGAAAUACCGAGACGUAUCGCGCUCUCGGGUAAGAACUCGAAGAUAUAUUUCAACAAGAAGGGCGAGCUGAAGCAUAUCACCGUGUUGAAGCCGUGGGGUCUGUACGAAGUGCUGACAGAAAAAUACGAAUGGACGCAGAGCGAAGCGCGCGAGUUCGCCGAGUUCCUAACACCAAUGCUCGAGUUCAAUCCGAGCAUGCGAGCUACCGCAGCCGAGUGCCUGAAGCAUCCGUGGCUGCAAAUCAAAAAGUGAUCGCGUUCUUUUUUUUUAUCGUUUUACCUGUAAUCCCCUCGACUCUCAUCCCGGUCCUAACGCCCAGAUCGCAAUCGUAAAAAUCGAGAGUGUGAUAGGAAGCCGAGAGAAAAAAGAAAAGAAACCUGCAGGUGUCAGAGCGCGGGCGUCAUCACAUACAUACACACACACACACACACACACAGCCACAUACACACCCGCGCCGAGUCGCAAUUCCGUGACCCAAUUUACAUACGAGUAAUGGUGGUUCGAAUUCCAAGAGCGCACACCACAAAACUAUUUGAUACACAAGACGAGAAAUACGGGAACGAAUUGUAACAUACGUUAUUAUAUUAUAAUCGCCACACGAGGGAUGUCUUCGCGUAUAGGGGAUUGUAAACCGAGAGAGAAAGGAAGGAAAGGAGGAAAGAGAAAGAGAGAAAUGUUCCAAGAGAGGACUGUUAAUACCCUUUAUAAAUGGUGAUUGACAAUAUCACGGAAGUCGUUCCGGGAAGUUUCUCGAGCGCAGCGAGCGAAGUGUCGCAAAAUCCGAAAAUCGUCCCGGAGACGGGAAGAUCUUGCCACAUUCCGCUGACUUUCCAUAACGGCCGUGCGUGCGCGCUUCCUAACAUGCAACACUCUCAAAAAGACAUCGGCUGACGACCAUUCGCGUAGUAGUGUUACUUACACUUGUUAAAUCAUAUUUUUAAUUAGAGAUGAGAGACUUAAAUUAAAGAAUUUCAUAGUACUUUGUUACUUUACGCAUAUGUCGCGCAUAUGUCGCAUCCUAUCGGUAAACCGCCGUUUAAUUUAGCUACGAAUAUUCCAAGAUUCGUGGGACCCACUCGUGAUGCGCCGUGACGAUACUGGCGGGCUCGGUAACGUGUUUGGUUUAAAAUUAGGCCGUUCGCCUUGACUCAGUUAAUAUCCGUGUUAUACUCUUUUUUCCCCCCCGUGCUGUACUGCGCACCGGCGGUCGCUGUAAAUUCUUGCCAACAGAGACUCGAGUCGAGUAAUCGCAACGAGAUGCAGAAGUGGCUACUUAAUUAAUAUUUUACGUCUACCUCAGAGUCUACGCGAGCCGUUCAGAAAUACUCACGAACGCAUGCACAUACACACACACACACACACAUACACACACGCGCGCGCAAUGUGAGGCGUAUCGCCGCAGGCAUUCGCGUGUCAAUCGAAUUAGACGGACUUGUAUAUUGUAGAUAAAUUGAAAGAGAGAAAGAGAGAGUCGGUCACUAGAUUCUUGGUAUAUACCUAUCCAACGUGGGCGCUAAUUGGGAUAAGACGGGUACCGCGCGUUGUACAGUGUGCAUCGACGACACAUAACUCACCACAUGCCAUCUUAAUAGCUAAUACAAAAUUGUAAAAUAACUUUUCCAAUUUGCAUAUAUAUAUAUAUAUAUCUCGGCGGUUUAAGUAGACUAUUUAAAUUUUUUUUUCGCAGCGAGAACGGCGAUAAGGCUGCACAAUUGCUCUACAAUUGCAUACAUGAUAUGAUACAGCGUAUGAGGGAGAAACCGCGCGCACACACACACACACACACACACACACACACACACACACACACACAC